AUCAUCUGGUUACAUUGUGUCCGUAAUGGGCGUAGACUGUACCAUCAUCUCGUUCAACGCUCAGCUCAUGGUCUCACCGCUGCCCGGGCUGGUCAGCAUGCCAAUCGUCAUCUACAUGCUGAGCACCCGCAUAGGCGUAGGCCCUGGACUAUGCUGCGGAUCCGUGCUCCUUGCCGCACUAGUGGGCUUCUGGGUCUUCGUCGUGACUUACCACAAAUUCCAAAGGCGCAGCAUGAAGUUUCGUGACGAUCGGGUCAAGCGCAUGCUGGACCUGCUCAGCUCCAUCAGGACUGUGAAGAUGUACGCUUGGGAACAGAGCCACCUGGACUCCCUUAAACGCCUCAGGGAGAGGGAACUAAAGGAUGUGCUCAAAAUUAAUCUAAUCAGCGGAACUGUUGAUGCUCUCUACAGCGCAAUGAGCUCCCUGCUGACGUUAAUAAUGUACGGAACACUUGCACUCUUGGACCCCACGCGACUUUUGACGGCAUCAGAAGCUUUCUCCAGCGUCUACUUGAUCUCCCUCAUCGAGAACUUUUGUGCAUCCCUGACUAUGGCCAUGAGGGCCAUGAACGGAGUAAGUGUCUACUAA